UUUCCCCAUCCAUGAAUAUUUUAUUUACGUACGACGUACCUAAUAAAAGCUUUGGGAGCACUAGGUACCUAGCUAACACCAUUACCAAUACGCAUUUCUGCUGUGAAAACAAACAUGUCUCUUCCCUCUACCAACGCCAAUGGGCAGCCUUCCAUUCGUAAUUUCUUCGUAUCCAAACCGCCCGCAUACACUCCGCCCCCCGCGUCGUCACGCCCACAAGGCACAUCUUCCGCUCCUUCUCCACUGCCAUCGACAACUGCUACUGAACCUUCUCCUUCGAAAAUCGCACAACCUGGACUGAUAUCACUACCGUCGUCAGCUCCUGAGGUUAUACCAACAAGGCCGGCCGGCCUCCACCCACAAGCCACCAUCUCCCCAAUUCUUCCCGAAUACAUCCCCGCUCUACGGCGCAUAACUUCCCUUUUACUUCCGGUUAGCUAUCCCGACUCCUUCUACACAAAAAUCUCCGACCCUUUGUCGUCAGGGGCUUUCAGUCGUGUGCUCUUAUGGUCCGACCCCGCCGAUCCCAUUGAUUCCACACCAAAAGUAAUAGGGGGUCUUGUCUGUCGGCCUGAACCCUCCCCCUUCUCAUCUGUACCUGGUCGAAGGUUUGCCGCUCCUACGACCCCCGACGCCCAGCCUAAUGCGGUGUAUAUCCAGUCGCUCGUCUUGCUUUCGCCAUACCGACAAUUAGGUCUCGCCGCGGCGCUGCUGGAAGAGGUCGCACGGCUCGCGGCCGCCAGCGCAUUUGCAUGUCGGGAGGUUUACGCCCACGUGUGGACGGAUAACGAGGACGGCCUGCGCUGGUACCUGGCACGUGGGUUCACUAAGCACAGCGAGAUUAGCGGAUACUAUUUCAAACUACGGCCAGACAGCGCGUGGAUUGUACGCCGGCAGAUCAACACCAACGGCGUGACCUCGGCACUCGGUCUCGAAAGCAGCGUUAGCAAGGAGGCGCAGGCUUCGGAUGGGACAACGACAAUACCAUCAAGUACCACAACGGCAGCGGCGAAUCUACUAAAUAAGCCAACAGCACCCCCAUUGCCGGCUUUAUCGCUGCCACCCAGGAGUAGUGGACCUUCGCCUAAUCGGAGCCCCGGGGCAACGGGUUUAUCGUUCCAGAAUGCGCGGCCAGAUAUGGAGUGGAACGACCUGCCGGCGGAUAUGCACAGCGCGACCGCCAGCAACGCCAGCUCACGAAGUAGCUCUACCGCGCCGCGUAAGAAGAAGGAUCGCGCAUAUCCUGCUGCCGCUUUUGGGAAGUAAAUUGCAUAGCAACCCUUCCCGAACCCCAAGAUCCCACCACAAACGCGUAUACCAAGAGCGAUUUUCAGGAGUACUUACGCGCCUCACAAAUAGGGUAGAAUUGCAUGGGAUGGAGUAGAAUAGGGAUAUGAAAGGCUAUGAUUGCUCGUAGGCUGGCUUUGAUUCGCGCAAAAACACAAAUGAUCCAAUGGGUUUGGCGUUUGCAAAAGAUGUGUGCUGGGCGGGGCUUCUCAACGCAUCUUCUUACAUCCACGAAUGCCUACCCUCCAAGGUACCUAUCCGUCUAUCUACAUAGUACAUAUGUAUAAAACAAAAAGGAUUGGCUAGUUGAAGUUACUUACCUUUAUAUAUAUUUAUCUACUACCAAGGUUACAAGACAAGGGGGGUGGUUAUAGAUGUUGGGGAGACAGGAAGGCGUAAAUAAUUGGUUUAGAACAACACUCGCGGAGUU